GUGCGGCGAUCGCGAUGAAUUUGCCCUGUACCGCUUAAAAGAGAGUCCUGGGGUGCGCUGGGGGGUGGUCGUAAGGCGUUUUGCGUCAUCGAUCCUAUUGAUUUUCAGCUCGAUCGACGUGGGCAGUUUGUGAUGAAAGAAGAAAGCUGUGGUAGUCCGUGAAGGGGUCGCGAUCGUCCAGGGCCUGGUCGUGAGGACCCAGCCCUGACUGGAAAGUUGAACAGGCAGUCGGCUGCAGUCGUAGGGAUUCCCCGGACGUAUUAGCCCGUCCGCCGCAGCCCAAGCAAGGCCAAGCUGGUGACCCGGAGGAGGCUAACAAGAGCGGACAUGGAGCAGACGGACGCUACGGCCGACGGACCUCCGCCAGGGGAAACAACGCCCCUGAUCGGCUCUGAGCGGAAAGGCCGCUGCGAAGGCUGCUGCUGCUGCCAGACGGUGGCGCUCGCCCUGCUCACCGCCUGCGUCAUCAUCAUGGUGCUGGCCGCCGUCACCGUCGUCUCGGCCUUCUCGCUCGUCGGCUACCCCUGGCACGCCUCCUGCCAGGCCGACUGGACGUUCGGCAAGCCGUGUCCGGACGUGAUGAGCACGAUCGUCGACCAGAUGAACGCCUGGGCUGGGCCGGACGGCUGCGUCGGCGGCGGAGAGAAGUGCCUUUACGAGGUGACCAGCGCCGCCGGGAACGUGGUGACGGGCACACACACCACGCCCGUCGCCAAGUACGUGGACGAGCUGAAGCUGACGUUCGUCAAUGGCACGACCGGCACGUGUCGGAUGGAGGGCUACUCGCGCUCCAAGACGUGGUACGCCUACCUGGACAGCUCGACCAACUACUGCAACAUGAAGAACCUGAUCGUGGGCUCGGGCCUCGACCAGGGCGACCCGGUGUUCUCCGAGAGCACCAGCGACAGUAUCUGCACGCAGUACUCGUCCGCCGACUGCGACAAGUACUGAGCGGCGCCGUGCCCACCUCUAUCGCGCUCGGCCAACGGCUGUGUUUGUACUCUGACUGCGCAGCGUACCGAGCAGGGCGCCGCCGUCCAUCUCUGUUUGCCUCUGUCGCUGUUAACUGGUGCACGCAUCACGUAAUAGUCGUUGAGCGUCGGAGGCGCUGGCAAUAUCUAACGCCGAGGUUCUGUUGUCCCUCGCCGCAGUCUGCCCUGCGCCGCGCUUGCACUAAGCAUCCUCCCACCAACGAGCCAUGGCCAGUUGUCGAGAGGCCAAGCCGCUGUACAGUUGGCGCCCUGAGGCGGCAGGUAGCCAGAGGGGUGCCGUCGAGCUCGCGGGAACUGCCCCGAUCGGUGCCAUAUGUAGAGGUCGCGCCAGGUUACCAAAUGUAACGAAAUGUUACCGCACCAGUGAUGCAUGGAACAAAAUACACGAUUGAAUUCCACGCUUUUAA